AUGCAGUGGGCAGCCUCCUGCGAAGACCAGUUUUCUGAAAAGAAAGAGAGGCUAAAGCACCUUAAAAGCAAGCAGAAUGAAUUCCAAGCUCAGUUUUCUGAAAAGAAAGAGAGGCUAAAGCACCUUAAAAGCAAGCAGAAUGAAUUCCAAGCUCAGUUGUUAAAAGCUAUGGAAAGGAAGUGGAUAACCAGCGACCAGUUGAGGUGGAAAAUCAUGUCUUGCAAGAUUAGAAUCGAGCAGCUGAAGCAAACCAUCUGCAAAGAAAACGAGGAGACGGCCAGACAUGCCGAGUGUCUCCUCCGGAUCACCGACGAGAACCAGAAGCUGUACCGCCGGGCCCAGCGCCACCAGGAGAAGAAGGAGAAGAUCCAGAGGCACAACCGCAGGCUGGGCGACCUGGUGGAGAGGAGGGUCGGCGACCUGAGGGGCCAGCAUGAGCACCUGGGGCGCCUGCGGCGGUCGCACGUCCUCGAACUGACCUCCGUCAUCUUCCCCAUCGAGGAGGUGAAGCUCGGCGUCAGGGACCCGGCGGACAUCUCCUCUGAGAGCGACAGCGCCAUGACCUCGAGCACCGUCAGCAAGCUGGCGGAAGCCCGAAGGACGACCUACCUGUCCGGGCGCUGGGUCUGCGACGAUCACAACGGCGACACCAGCAUCGGCAUCACGGGGCCUUGGAUCACCCUGCCCAGCAACGGCGACUACUCCGCCUACUACAACUGGGUCGAGGAGAAGAAAACCACGCAAGGGCCAGACAUGGAGCACAACAACCCGGCGUACACCAUCAGCGCCGCUUUGUGCUACGCCACCCAGCUGGUCAACAUCCUCUCCCACCUCCUCGACGUCAACCUUCCCAAGAAGCUCUACAACAGCGAGUUCUGUGGGGAGAAUCUCAGCAGGCGGAAGUUCACGUGGGCGGUGAAGAAGCUGAACGCUAACAUCCUUUACCUUUGCUUUUCCCAGCAUGUCAAUCUGGACCUGCUGCACCCGCUGCACACGCUCAGGAACCUGAUGUACCUGGUCAGCCCCGAGACGGAGAACUUGGGAAGGUCCGGGCCGUUCGAGAUCAGCGCCGACCUGGAGGACUCUAUGGAGUUCGUCGACCCCAGUGGCGCCGGCGAAACGGACGAGAGCGGCGACGAGCAUGUCAGCGACGAGGAGACGGACCUGGGGACGGACUGGGAGAACCUGCCCAGCCCCCGCUUCUGCGACAUCCCCUCCCAGCCCGUGGAGAUGCUCCAGAGCCAGAGCACGCAGGCCUCGCAGCCGGUCGCCAGCAGCAGCGCUGGCGGCAUGAUCUCCUCAGCGGCGGCCUCCGUGACCUCGUGGUUCAAGGCGUACACCGGACACCGCUAGGAAAGGGUCCGACCUCGGGGGGGGGGGUCGUUCCCCACCGCCCACCGCCGUCACUGUAGUAAAACAUGACCUGUUCGGUUUUAAGUAGUGCCUGGAACAAAAAAAAGGGGGGGGGGGUCAAACUUUCGGACAGCGUAAACCCGAGGGACGCUUUCCGUUCGCCCGAGCCGACUGUCGGCAAACAUUUCGGAAGCCUCUCCCGACAGUGUGUUUCGGAGGCCGGGAACAGAACUCAGCACCUCGGGGUGUUCGUCUGUCUUG